AUGGCGUUUGGCAUCCUCGAGCCAAGCUCGGGGGAAAAGGUUCCAGGCACGACGCACUUCUACGAUGACCCUUCGCAGCCGCAGCUGGCGACGGAGCAGGACGCGGCCAGGCUCAAGUGCGACACCAGCGGCAAGACGCCCAUCAUCCUCGUCCCCCAGCCCUCGGAUGACCCCAACGACCCCCUCAACUGGCCGCUGUGGAAGCGCGACCUCGUCACCUUCACCCUCUGCUGGGCCGGCGUCCUGGCCACGUCGCUGGGCCCCAUCCUGGCCGCCAACACCGUCACCCUGUCGCGCCUCUUCACAAAGACCUUUACAAAGGUCGCCCUGCUCACCGGCUACUUCCUGCUCGGCGCCGGCGCCGCCGCCAUCUUCUUCGUGCCCUCGGGCCGCGUCUGGGGCAAGCGCCACCUCUUCCUGCUCGGCAUCCUCAUCAUCGUCGCGUCGAGCGCCUGGGCCGGGUCCACGGGCACAAACUACGGCAGCCUGCUGGGCGCCCGCGUCCUCCAGGGCGUGGGCACCGCGCCGUACGAGAGCCUGCUGAAUGCCGCCGUGGGCGACAUGUACUUUGUCCAUCAGCGCGGCGUGCGCAUGGCCUUUACCAACCUGGCCAUCUUUGGCGGCGCCUUCUUCACGCCCAUUGUCGUGGGCAAGAUCACGGCGGCCAUGGGCUGGAAGUGGACGUUUUACUUUGUCUCCAUCUUCAUGGCGGCGACGCUCCCUGCCGUCUUCUUGCUGUGCCCCGAGACGGCGUAUCGGCGAGACACCAAGCUCAACACCGACACCAACGCCGAGGCCGAGGACGAGAUCAAGCUCCAGUCGCGCAUCGCCACCGUCAGCAACCCGCCGUCCGAUGAAGACGAGACGCCCAAGCAGCGCCCGGGCUUUGUCCUCUUCCCCACGUCGCGCGCGCUGCAGCCCAUUGGCAAUGCCAGGACGCCCAAGAAGUCGUUUGUCGAAUCGCUAUCCCUCUUUGACGGCGCCAAGACCGAGGAGCGUUACUGGGUGCUGCUGCUCCGGCCGUUUCCCCUCAUCCUCAACCCGGCCUUCAUCUGGGGGUGCCUGAUCCAGGGCACCAUGAUCGGGUGGACCAUCUUCAUCGGCGUCCUCGUCGCGGCCAUCUUCAUUGGCCCGCCGUACUUUUGGGGCGAGGUCAAGGCGGGCUACGCCUACACGGGAGCCUUUGUGGGCGCGCUGUGCGGCUUUGCCAUCUCGGGCCUCCUCGCGGACUCGAGCGUCAAGUACCUGACGCGCAAGAACCGUGGCGUGUACGAGCCCGAGUUUCGGAUCCUGCUCGUGAUUCCCAUGCUGAUUGUCGGCGGCAUCGGCCUGUUUGGGUUCGCCAUGACGGCAGGCAAUGUCAUUUCCGGCGAGUUCAGCUACAUUGUGCCUCUGGUCUUUUUUGGCUUCGAGGUCGCCGGCAUGGUGAUUGGCGCUGUUGCGAGCUCGCUGUACAUUGUCGACGCUUACCGAGACCUGACGAUUGAAGGCUUCACCCUGAUGAUCAUCUUCAAAAACAUCUUCAGCUUCAUCCUGACAUUUUUCGCCUACGACUGGCUCAUUACUGGCGGCAUCGAGCACACCAUGAUUGCCAUUUCGAUUGUCCAGGUUGUCGUAUGCGUCAUUAGCAUUCCGAUGUAUGUGUUUGGCAAGCGCUGUCGAGCGUUUUAUCAUCGCCACGAUUUAUUGGCUCUCACAGGUCUGCGAUGA